AUGAAUGCUGAUACUUGUGUUUCUUAUUGUGAUCCGGCUGCCAUGGAUUCCUACUACAACGCAGCCUCCCAGGGCACAGAAGGCUCCUCGCCUUUUAGGGCAUUUCAAGCAAGUGACAAGUUCAGCCCUACUUUCCUGGCCAGCAAAGGACAAGGCUUUGGUGACAGCAGCACGAAGUGCCGGAGCCGCUACAGCCAGCAGGAAUGUCAGUCCCUGGAUGGCAGCGGGCAGGCUCCCGGCCCCGCCGGGGCUCCAGCCUCCUUUAACAAAUACCCGCCGCAGCAGCAGCACCUCUAUAUGCAACGAGGCCCCUGCAAAACCCCCCCGGAGAGCAACAUCAAGCUGCAAGAGAACAGUGGCCACAACGGAGCUUUGCAGGUCUCCUGUUACGGUAAGGAGAGCAGUUUGGGAGAGGCCGACCUGCAGCCAAGCUCUGACCCGCCAGGAAUGGACAGCAGCUACCUCAGUGUGAAGGAGGCCGGGGUGAAAGUGCCCCAGGACAGGGCCAGCACGGACCUCCCCAGCCCCAUGGACAAGGCCGACUCGGAGAGCAACAAGGGCAAAAAGCGGAGGAACCGCACCACCUUCACCAGUUACCAGCUGGAGGAGCUGGAGAAGGUCUUCCAGAAGACCCACUACCCAGACGUCUAUGCCAGGGAGCAGCUAGCCAUGAGGACAGACCUCACCGAGGCUCGUGUACAGGUGUGGUUUCAGAACCGGCGAGCAAAGUGGCGCAAGAGGGAGCGGUUCGGCCAGAUGCAGCAGGUCCGGACCCAUUUCUCCACCGCCUACGAGCUGCCCCUGCUCACCCGCGCUGAGAACUACGCCCAGAUCCAGAACCCCUCGUGGAUCGGCAACAACGGAGCGGCCUCCCCCGUGCCCGCCUGCGUGGUGCCCUGCGAGCCAGUGCCCUCCUGCAUGUCCCCCCACGGCCAUCCCCACGCGGCCGGCAGCGUCUCCGAGUUCCUCGGCGUGUCCGGCCCCGGCGGCCCCGUGGGACAGACUCACAUGGGCGGCCUGUUCGGCACGGCCGGCAUGAGCCCCGGCCUCAACGGCUACGAGCUGAGCAGCGAGCCGGACCGCAAGAGCUCCAGCAUCGCUGCCCUGAGGAUGAAGGCGAAGGAGCACAGCGCCGCCAUCUCCUGGGCGACAUGA